GUGUGUUUUCAUCCUGCAGGGGGCAGCAAUGAGCCCUGAACCAUUUAAACUGCCAGAAACCGUAGACGAAGAAAGGAAAACUGCAGGAGUAGGUGAGAAAUUAACACCGUCCACAAAUAUUUGCUGCACAAUGGGUCGUGGUAAGGAGCUCAGUGACUUUCAGCGGGGCACUGUGGUCGGAUGCCACAUGUGUAAAAAGUCCACCCGUGAGAUUUCCGCGCUGUUGAACCUGCCGCGGUCCACUGUGAGCACUGUGAUUUUGAAGUGGAAACGUGGAGGAAUCACGACGGCUUUGCCACGGAGCGGCCGACCGCACAAGCUGAAGGAGCAGGACCGUCAAGUGCUGGAGAAAAUAGCCCUGGAAAGUUGUUUGCCGUCGGUUGAAGCUCUCACCACCGAGCUUCAGACUGCCUCCGGGGCCAAAGUGAGCUCCAAAACCGUCCGCCGAGAGCUUCAUGAGAUGGGCUUCCGUGGCCGAGUAUCCACGUACAACAAAUCUGUUGCUCCGACUUUGAAAUUAAGCCGUCAGGCUGGUGCCGAUGAAGGUGACGGUUAUGAUGACGUCACCUACUUGAAGAAUUUAGCAUCUGGAGUCAAAGACCAACAGGACAAAUGUGGGGAGGUUGAUGACAAGGAGGAAGAGAGAGUUGAUGUAGAGGAGAAAGCAGCAGCAGCAGAAGAUGAAGAGGAAAAGGCUGCUGAUUCCAUGACUGGUCAUGAACUGGAAGGGAGCGCCUGUGAACCGGACAAAGAGCUGAACCCCAAGAAGAAGGUGUGGGAGCAGAUUCAGCCAGACCUGCGCACAGACGGCCACUGUGUUGCAACUUACAAGGGAGCCGCCUUUGAAGUCAUCAGCAAAGGAGUUUGCAAAGCCCAAACCCUGAGCGACACUCAGAUCAAAUAAACUAACAGAGCUGCUUGAAGUGGCUCAGUGCAAGUCCCUGCAGCCAGACAGCAUCCAAAGUGGAGUGAAAGCCUCCUGAGAAGAAUGGAAGCAGCAUAUUAGUGUUUUGUGUGUGUGACUGUAUGUUCUUGGCAGCUUGACACUCAUUUCUACAUAAUACACAUUGCUAAAGUAAGAAGUUAGAGUAUUCAGGUUUAUGAAGGUAGGACUUUUGAAUAUUGUACUUAUUACUGCUCUGCAUUGUCUGACAGCAUUAUUUACUUUCUGUUUUGCAGAUUACAGUUUUUCGUACCAUUUAUGUAAACGUGACUCCAAAUUUGGUGAAUUUGACUGUUUCUGAUAAACAGAAGAAUUGAGUGUUCCUAUAUGAGUUUAAUAAAUUCUCUUCCUUCAUAAGCUGAAUAAGCUAUUUUAAAACCCCUCUUGGAUUAGCUUGAAAAUGCAUUAUCAUAGACCUGAAAACUACUGUUUCUCGUGAAAAGUUGACUUUUGAGAUAUGCCAUUCUCAUAAGACAGUAAUGUCACUAAUGGAUGAUGAUCUUAUAGAAAAUUAUGCUCAAAAAAUUCACUCAACUUUCAGUGACUACAGUGUUAAAACAGAACACACACAGCUGAUCCAUCAGCAAUAGAGAAGCAUUAACUUUGACUUGAUGUUGACAGAGACUGGCAGAUAGAUGCUUUAAGCAAACGUAGCUGAUAACACUUACAUACUUUUAAGUAAAGUUACUAAUCCAGGAUUGUUUCUUAUAGUAGCGUAUUUUCACUGUUUAGUAUGAGCAGCUAAGUAGGUGUGCUUACAAACAGGCAGCUGUAGUGUGUUUGUACCCUGCAGGGGGCAGCAAUGAGCCCUGAACCAUUUAAACUGCCAGAAACCGUAGACGAAGAAAGGAAAACUGCAGGAGUAGGUGAGAAAUUAACACCGUCCACAAAUAUUUGCUGCACAAUGGGUCGUGGUAAGGAGCUCAGUGACUUUCAGCGGGGCACUGUGGUCGGAUGCCACAUGUGUAAAAAGUCCAUCCGUGAGAUUUCCGCGCUGUUGAACCUGCCGCAGUCCACAGUCAGCAACGUAAUUUUGAAGUGGAAACGUGGAGGAAUCACGACGGCUUUGCCACGGUGUGGCCGACCGCACAAGCUGAAGGAGCAGGACCGUCAAGUGCUGGAGAAAAUAGCCCUGGAAAGUUGUUUGCCGUCGGUUGAAGCUCUCACCACCGAGCUUCAGACUGCCUCCGGGGCCAAAGUGAGCUCCAAAACCGUCCGCCGAGAGCUUCAUGAGAUGGGCUUCCGUGGCCGAGUAUCCACGUACAACAAAUCUGUUGCUCCGACUUUGAAAUUAAGCCGUCAGGCUGGUGCCGAUGAAGGUGACGAUUAUGAUGACGUCACCUACUUGAAGAAUUUAGCAUCUGGAGUCAAAGACCAACAGGACAAAUGUGGGGAGGUUGAUGACAAGGAGGAAGAGAAAGAUGAUGUAGAGGAGAAAGCAGCAGCAGAAGAUGAUGAGGAAAAGGCUGCUGAUUCCAUGACCGGUCAUGAACUGGAAGCGAGCGCCUAAGCUAAGUCGGAGACCGGAGGAGUGUGUACAGGCGGAGCGGACAGUCCCAUAGAUCCAGAUGGUCCUCAGUGGAUGUUCACUUGUUACAGGUUACAAGAAUUGAUAGUGACGAAGAAGAAUUCAAGAACACCAUACUGGUGCCAAUAAGAUACCCACAUUGUACUCAUACCUUUUCCAAUAGAACUAGAAAAUAAAACAAUGCACUCAAAUAAUAAGAAAGUUUUUGAUACUAAAUAUUUUCGAUACAUUGGAAGAGAUGAAGAGACGAGAUAACUUCUGUUGUUUCAUUCCAGGCUGGAUUGAUGCACUGAGAUGCCCAAAACACCAGAAUUAGCUGUAAACUCCUGUUUUGUGGUGUCACAGUUUUCUUUAGGAAUGUGCAUUUUGACUCAGACAGGCAAUAGGAGUGUGACGGAGGAGCAGCUGCUGGCUCCUGAAGUAGGUUUUCUUACAGUGAUUUUGCACUUCAGUUUUCUUUCUUUCUCUUUCUACAUUUAAUCAAUCAGUUUUAGUUAGUUCAACUUUGUUUUCAAGGUAUCUUGUUAUUUUUCAGCCAGUUUGGCGGUUGGUGUUUCUAAAUACUACAAGACCUGUGUAAUCCAUAUGUGUAGUAACAGCUGCAGCAUGUAGUUAUGUUGUUGCAGCUGUAAAGAACAAUGGUAGAAGGUUUACAGAUUUAACCAAACUUGACCUGCAAGCUGAAAGUGAAUUUACUGAGGCUGCGGUUUGGUCAGUAUUUAAAAAAAUAACUUGUUUGUUUUCACUGUUAGUGAAAGUGACAGAGCUUUAAGGUCAGUGAUCUUACAGAAAUGCACCAUGGGAGUCGGAGUUAACUUCUCUACUUGUGUUUUAUUUGUCAACAGGCUUGUACCUGUGAUAUUUUCUUAUGCAGUCAGUCACGUUUUGUGCUGAUGAUGCAGCUGGGAAAGUUUCAUGAUCAUCCGAGCAUCGGAUGUGUCAGCCAUCUGACACCGUGUGCAGAAAAUGGAUGGGACUAUUACUGCUAGAGCCCUGAAUGUGUGAAGCCAACUGUCAUUGUAUCAUUGUAAUCAUUGUAUCUAUCAUUGUAAUUUGUUGAGACAUGUUUUGUGUUAAGUGUGCCAAUAAAUAAUUAAAUCAUA